CCCCAACCCCCUUCCCCAUCCUUCCAUCCAACUCACUCACUCUCUCUGUCACUUCCUCUUCUUCUCUCUCUCAAAACACCACCUAAACACUGAGCAGCAACACAAUGUCUGUUGUCACCGUUCAGACCACCCCCUUCGCGGGCCAGAAGCCUGGCACCUCGGGCCUUCGUAAGAAGGUCAAGGUCUUCCAGCAGCCCCACUACACCGAGAACUUUGUCCAGGCCAUCUUCACCGCCAUGCCCGGCGGCAGCGACGGCAAGACGAUCGUCGUCGGUGGUGACGGCCGCUACUACUCGCCCGAGGUCGUCCAGAUCAUCCUCCGCCUUGCUGCCGGUAACGGCAUCAAGCACGUUGUCGUUGGCCAGCACGGUGUCCUCUCGACCCCCGCCGUCUCGGCCCUCAUCCGUUCCCUCAAGACGGACGGCGGUAUCCUCCUCACCGCCUCGCACAACCCUGGUGGCCCCGAGAACGACUUUGGCAUCAAGUUCAACACUGCCAACGGUGGCCCCGCCCCGGAGGACGUUACCGACAAGAUCUACAAGGUUACCGAGGGCAUCACGAGCUACAAGCAGGUUGAGCUCCCCGACCUCGACAUCUCCAAGCUCGGCGAGUUCACCCACGGCCCCCUCAAGGUGACCAUUGUCGACUCGGUGUCCAACUACAUUGAGCUCCUCAAGACCAUCUUCGACUUUGAGCGUAUCAAGAAGUGGCUCCACGAAACGUCGCCCAAGCCCACUGUCCUCUUUGACGCCCUCAACGGUGUCACUGGCCCCUACGGCCGCGCCAUCUUCGUCGAGGAGCUCGGCCUCCCCGAGUCGUCGAUCCAGAACGCUACCCCCCUCCCCGACUUUGGCGGCCUCCACCCCGACCCCAACCUCACCUACGCCCACACCCUUGUCGAGCGUGUUGAGCGCGAGAACAUCCUCUUCGGCGCCGCCUCGGACGGUGACGGUGACCGUAACAUGAUCUACGGCAAGGGUGCCUUCGUCACCCCCUCCGACUCGGUUGCCAUCAUUGCCGACUGGGCCGAGAAGGCCAUCCCCUACUUCAAGGGCGGUGUCAAGGGCCUUGCCCGUUCCAUGCCUACCUCGGGCGCCAUUGACCUUGUCGCCAAGGCCAAGGGCCUCGAGGUCUUCGAGGUCCCUACUGGAUGGAAGUUCUUUGGCAACCUCAUGGACGCUGGCCGUCUCUCCAUCUGCGGUGAGGAGUCGUUCGGUACCGGCUCGGACCACAUCCGUGAGAAGGACGGUGUCUGGGCUGUUGUUGCUUGGCUCGCCAUCCUGGCCGCCGCCAACGAGGAGAAGCCUGGCACGACCAUCGAUGACGUGCUCCUCGCCCACUACAACGUCUACGGCCGUAGCUUCUUCUCUCGCUACGACUACGAGGAGGUCGAGUCUGCUGGCGCCGAGGCCCUCGUCAACAACCUUCGCGAGGAGUUUGCCAAGCCCGACUUUGUCGGCCAGUCCUUCAAGGCCACCACCUCGGACACUUCGUUCACUGUCAAGGAGGCUGCCGACUUUGCCUACACCGACCCCGUUGACGGCUCGGUUUCGACCAAGCAGGGCCUGUACAUCAAGUUCACCGACGGCUCGCGUAUCAUCUUCCGUCUGUCAGGCACUGGAUCGUCGGGUGCCACUGUUCGUCUGUAUGUUGAGAAGUACAGCAAGAACGCGGCCGAGUACGGAGAGGACGCCCAGGUCGGCCUCAAGCCCCUCAUCGAGGUUGCGCUCUCGCUGUCCAAGCUCCAGGACUACAUCAAGCGUGACAAGCCCACUGUUAUUACUUAAGUUGCCCGAGCGGCUCCAGUGACGCGCAGCGAUGACGCGCGUGUCUCACGCAUGGGAGGCGGCGGAGCUUCAGAGGCGGACCGGGUCAUGUUCGGUCACGGGUGAUCCGGUGGAGUUGAGCUUAAACAAUGGGGAGGGUGUAAUUAGGUUAGGAAUCUGGUAACGGAUCCUCUAUGGGAAUGCAUAUUGGUCCCACAG